UUUGCACCAAAAAAAAAAGCAAGAUAAAAAUCUGGUGUGUCUUUUCUUAGGUGUUCCAGAGGAGGAUGAGUGGAAAGACAGAUUUCUACAGAACCUGGAAUGAAUACAGUGUAGGAUUUGGAAACCUGAGUGAAGAGUUCUGGCUCGGAAACAAACUUCUUCACAACCUGACCAGUACUGGUCCUGUGAGUCUGAGAGUGGAUAUGCAAUCUGGAAAUGACACAGCUUAUGCUCACUAUGCCAACUUCUCCAUCGAUUCAGAGGAGAGGCACUAUACUCUUACGGUGUCCGGCUUCACUGGAACUGCAGGUGACUCUAUGAGAUACCAUAAUGGCCGUCCAUUCUCAACCCAUGACAAAGACCCCGAUCCUCUGGGGAUCCACUGUGCAAGGGCCUACAUGGGAGGCUGGUGGUACAAAAACUGCUACAAGACCAACCUCAAUGGCCUUUAUGGCAUCAACAGUAAUAACCAGGGAAUAGUCUGGAUAGACUGGAAAGGUAAAGACUCUUCCAUUCCCUUCACUGAGAUGAAGUUCAGACCGUCCAGGUUCUCCCCUGCAACUCACGGCUAAAGAUGCAGCAAUUUUUAGGGCCUCUGCAGCUUGACAGCCUUACAUCUGACAGUCUAGGAGAGCUUCAGAAAUCCACCUCACAGUCGCUGCAUGUCACGUUUCAGCAGACAUUGCAUUACAGUGAUUUUUGUCCCUAUGAUCACAGCUAUAAUUACAUUAGAUUUUUCUUUCUGAGCUGUUUUUUAAGAAAAUAUACUAAAACAGUGCAGAGCUGUUUUUAUUGCAAGUUUUUGUAUGUUGUUCUACUACCAGUUUGUGCCAACACAGUUUUAUUUGACUUCUUCUUGAUCCCCACAAUAGUACACCACCCCACUACUACUGUAAAUACAUUUGCACUGUUUUCACUCAGUUGGAUUAAAUGUGACUAAUGUGGCUCUGAAGUGUCAUGUCUUCUUUUUCCUUCCCUGCACUUUUUUCUACAAGAUAAACAAAUGCCAGAAUGACUGAUGUGAUGUGUUAUAAUGCCCUUCAGCAAGUGUCAGCCAUGUUUAUCAUGUUGUCCCUUACAUAUAGUAUGUUGCAUUCACCACAUCAUCAGAUAGCCUGUGUGCUGGAAAUCUUGUUCAUUUACUUCCCCCUAGUAGUUGGUUUGGCGAUAGGUUUUGUUUUUCUUCCCCUCGGUAAAACGACGGACAGCCUACAGUGUGUUACUGAUGUUUACCACGUUUACGCCUUGGAGUAGCUAUGUCCCUAAGUGAAAACAUGGAAUUAUUGUUGUAUUAGUGUUUUCACUAGAAAAUUAUUAGUCUUUCACACAUUGGUAACUUGUUGAUGUGAAAUGAUUGGCAACAUGUCUUGCUUGUUUGCUAGCUCUACUAUGUGUGUAAAAUGUGUUAUGCUAGCGGUUUAUUUUGCUUUAGUGCUCAUACUUUCUUGUUUAUUAUCCUUGUAAGUAGGAGCCAUGUUAUUUAAAGUUGCACAAGUGUAAUGUGUGACGUACAUAGUGCAUUAGUGUGUAAAUACUAAUUGCACAUGCAUAGUAAGGUGCUGAUAUGUAUUUUUGUAUUCAUUUCAGUUUUACAGAAACGACCAGUAAAGCCACACGUUUUUCAAGAACACGGUUUGUUGGAGUUUUUGUUCGCUAUCUGUCUUACUCUAGAUAAGGGACGCCACUGUGAGGACAGAAUAGUAAAAGGACAGUUACACAGCGGGCUAAGACAAGGAAUUCUACUGUCAACAACGCACUGUAAACAAAGAUAAAACACACAAAAUGGAGC